GUCCGUUUAGGAUAUAAAAGAGGUCGAACAUCUCCCGGAAGUAUUCACUUCGUCACCUCCCUCCGCCAUGAAGGUCCUCUUGCUCGUCUUCGCCAUCGUCGCCGCCGUCAGCGCCCAGACGGAGCCCUGGUGCCGCUGCGCCGCCUUCGUCACCUACGAGUACAACGAGAUGAUGGUGUACGAAGCACCCCAGAUCAUCAUCGACUCCUGCCAAGACGACGCCGGACAGUGCAAGACCGCAUGCGUCACCGAGCUGAACACCCUUAGCAACAACGGCGACCUGUGGCUGGUGCAGGAGAACGGCGACACCGUCGGCCAGUCCAUAUGCUCGUUCCUCGCCAAUUACAACAUUAACUGGAUCGUCAACCACAGGGUGUACGGCUACUUCGAGGUGUGCGGCGGCCCCUGGGAGUACGCGGAAUUCGCGUCGCAGCAGCUGUUGUGUUGCGACGCAGGCGAGCACGAUCACUGCAUCGUCAGGGAAUAAUGGGGAUUCACAUAUAAAUAAAACAUUUGAAUAUAUUUUUUCUUUCCUCUAACACAAUGAUCCCAAUCUUUCCUAUACUGUGGCCCCCCGACCCAUACAUACUAAUCUCCAUGGCUCCGUUCAGAUUCAGUCAUUACGUUAUGAAUACUGUGAUGUUGCCAAUUACUAUAUGGCAAGAACACUAUAUGGAAAUAUUCCAAUCUAUUCAUAUGUAAAAGAUAAUUGCCUGCAAUGCAUAAAAAAAUGCAUAUACAUUGACUUCAACAGAGACUAAAAGUUAUCUUUGGUUAAAAAAAAAGAUCUACAGUUAAUGUAGUGCAAUAUACCUUCAUACAACAUGGAAGGAAAAAGCAUCAGCAGUAAUUGCAGCGUGGAAUGCUGGUGUUCCCGGGGUGCGACAAAAUCCAGCUUAACUCGAAGUCAUGAUAUCCAUAUUGCUUCAUGCCAAAUCAUAGUACAUGUUUAUCUUAAAUAGAUUGGGAGCAUGUGUUUGCGAGGAAGAGAGAGAGUGGGAGAACUCAGUAACUAAUAAAAACAAAAACAAACAAUGACCUAUGGAUGUCUGCUUCACAACCAACUACAGUCCACCGCUCUAACAACUGAGCUAUCGAAGGAGUUGCUUCUUACAAGCACCACCUCCAAGUUUCAGGGCAUUCAAGGUCGCAAAACGAGUUUGUUCGGUUAAAUAACAAUUUGAAGACAUAUUAAUGGGUGAAUGGCUAUGUAAUUGGCUUAUUUCUAAUGUUCUCAAGAAAAGAUUUGUAAAAUUUACAAGAGAACCGUUGAAUUUUGUGUUAUAACGAAACGACUCGGUUACUAUACUAUAUACGACAAAGCUAAAUCUCUCUUUUUUUUUUCUUUUUCUUGUUCUUUUACUCUUGAACAUCUAUAAAAUAUUUCAUUCUUACAAAGCAGCAAUCUAGAAAUUCCCGAAUAAAGGAUUUUUUUUUCUGAGGUAAAUUUUGUUUCAUUCAGAGAUUUUGUUCCGAACGUAAAACUUCUUUAUUUGAAAAUACUGAAUUCCCAUUAAAUAAACAAUUCAAAUCAAGCGAUGACAAUGGAAAUGAAAUGACAAUGAAAGUGAGUUAUGGGCAUGAUGACGAUUAUGAUAAUGAAGAUGAUAAUCAUAGCAAUAAAAACUAUCCUUCGAACCGGAUUCGAACCAGUGACCUAUGGAUGUCUGCUUCACAACCAACUACAGUCCACCGCUCUACCAACUGAGCUAUCGAAGGCGCUGACAUCAAUGGACAUCAUUUCCAGCUUUCCCUUCCUCUGCCUCGCCUCCACCGUCGCGCGCCGCUCACUCGCUCCCAACGGCGACGGUUUCCAAGCAAGGAUUUUGAGUUUUUAUUUUCUUUUUCUUUUAGGCUUUUUAAUAUUAGUAUUAUAUCCACAUUAUGGGAAUAUUCCAAUCAAUUGCUGCAGCACAUUAGAAAAAAUGCAUGAAAACGCUAAGUAACCUUUGGUUAAAAAA